AGAAUGAUGGUAAUACUUAGCCAUGCAGAGGAUAAAUGAGCACAUGCUUUGUGAAUUGUGAUCCUAAUGACGAUAUUACUUCAUGUAAAAGGCAGGGGGAAAAGAAUAAUACAAUCAUUUCAAAGUUUCAACCAGAAUGUUUCACAUGGUAUAUAUUUUUCUCAAUGUCAUGGUAUCUAAGAGUGCCAACAAUCAAUUGCGUUCCCAUUGAUUGAUCAUAAAGACUAAAAGGGCACCAAAAGGAUCCUCAAACUCAUCAAAGUAUUAUAUAAUAAGAUGCUAAAAUGCAUAAGCCUGGAUACUUGUAUUAAAAACACAACCAGCUGAUGGAUACCAAGUUAGGAAACUGGGGAGGUGCAAGAAAACAAAACCUGCUAGUGAUUCUUGCUCUUCUUUUACUAGAAUUCCAUCUCCAUGUCUCUUCUGUAUCUACCGAUGCCCUGGAAAAGGUUUACAUUGUAUACAUGGGAGGAAAGAAGUAUGAAGAUUCAGAAACUACCAAAAAGUCCCAUCACCAAAUGCUAUCUACCUCGUUAGGAAGCAAACAAGCAGCAAAAAGUUCAAUUCUUUACAGCUAUAAGCAUGGAUUUUCUGGGUUUGCUGCAAGGCUGACAGAAUCUCAGGCAUUUGAAAUUGGAAAUUUUCCUGGAGUUGUUCAUGUGAUUCCAAAUCGUAUUCACAAGCUCCACACAACUAGAAGCUGGGACUUCAUAGGCCUCAGUCAUCACUUUUCUCAAAAUAUAUUGGCAGAAGGCAAUAUGGGUAAAGGAACUAUCAUUGGUGUGAUAGAUACAGGAGUUUGGCCAGAAUCUGAAAGUUUUGAAGAUAGAAACAUGGGUCCAAUUCCGUCACAUUGGAGAGGAAUAUGCCAAGAAGGACAGCACUUUAACUCCUCCAAUUGCAACAGAAAAUUAAUCGGAGCACGCUGGUUCGUGAAAGGAUUGAGGGCUGAGAUAAAAAGGCCGAUCAACACAACUGAUAAUGAGGACUUUCUGUCACCAAGGGAUGGAGUUGGCCAUGGCACUCACACAGCCUCCACUGCAGCUGGCAAUUUUGUAGAAAAAGCAAACUACAGAGGACUUGCCCAAGGCACAGCUAGAGGAGGAGCACCUCUUGCCCACUUAGCAAUUUACAAGGCCUGCUGGGGUAUUGCCACAGGUGGAUGCACCGAUGCUGACCUUCUAAAAGCAUUUGACAAAGCAAUAGAAGAUGGAGUGGAUAUCAUAUCAUUGUCCGUUGGCAGUGGAAUUCCUUUGUUCUCAUAUGUUGAUCAACGCAAUUCAAUAGCAAUUGGUUCCUUCCAUGCAACAGCUAACGGGAUCACAGUAGUUUGUUCAGGAGGAAAUGAUGGCCCUAAGUUACAAACCAUAGAAAACACAGCACCAUGGAUUAUCACCGUUGCUGCCACCACAAUUGACAGGGCCUUCCCAACAGCCAUAACACUUGGAAAUCACAAGACUGUUUGGGGGGAAUCUAUCGAUACUGUCAACCAUAACCAAGGAUUCACUGGCCUUACGUACUCUGAACGUAUUGCUGUUGAACCUGAAAAAAUUCCAGCGUGGGAGCUCACUCUUUCAUUAAUAUUUAUUUUCCCCUUCUUGCAUUGCUUGUUUCCUAAUUUUCCAUCUCAAUACAGAAUGGACUGUCAGGAUGGAAGUCUAAAUGCAACACUAGCGGCAGGAAAAAUCAUACUGUGCUUCUCAGCAUCUGAUACACAAGACAUAGCUUCCGCAUCAAUAUCUGUGCAUAAUGCAGGAGGCAUUGGACUUAUAUUUGCAGAGUCCCUUAAUGAUGGUCUUGCUUCAUGCAAUCUGAUUCCAUGUAUCAAAGUAGAUUUUGAAGUAGGGACUCAAAUACUUUCCUACAUCAGAAGAACAAGGUCUCCAAGUGCGAAGCUGAGCUUUCCAAAGUCUGUCAUUGGGAGAUGGGAAUCUCCAAAAGUUGCAACAUUCUCAUCCAGAGGCCCAAAUACAAUGACCCCUACCGUGCUAAAACCCGACAUCGCUGCACCAGGAGUAGACAUCUUGGCUGCUUAUCCACCUGCUGACCCAAAACACAGCAGUGGAUAUGCAUUGCAAUCAGGAACUUCAAUGGCUUGUCCCCAUGUAGCAGGCAUAGCAGCUCUCCUUAAAUCUGUACAUAGGAAUUGGUCUCCUGCAGCCAUAAGAUCAGCUCUUGUUACUACAGCUUCACAAACCGGAACAAGUGGGAACAAAAUAUUUGAGGAUGGUUCAACAAUAAAAGCAGCAGAUCCAUUUGACAUAGGAGGUGGGCAUGUCGAUCCCAAAAAAGCUAUGGAUCCAGGACUUAUUUAUGAUACCAGCACCGAGGAUUAUAUUCAGUUCCUCUGCUCCACUGGUUAUAGCAACACAUCCAUCACCCAUUUAAUGAAGAAUCCCCGAAUCAGUUGCAUGGGAAACAAUAAUCUAGCACGGAAUCUGAACCUCCCUUCCAUUGCUAUCCCAAACCUCAAAAGGAAAGUAACAAUCACAAGGAAGGUGAGAAAUGUGGGAUGUACUAAUUCAAUAUAUAAAGCUAUAAUGCAGGCUCCAAAUGGUAUAAAAAUGAUAGUGAAGCCUAAGAUUCUGAAUUUCAGCUCAACCAUCGAAACUCUUACCUUCCAAGUUACCUUCUCUACCACUGGAAAAGUAUAUGGAGGUUACAAAUUUGGGAGCUUGGUAUGGACAGAUGGUGAGCAUGUUGUCAGGAGCCCUAUAGCUAUACGUUCUACUAUAUUAUACCCAAAUGUAUAAGAUAAUAUACAAUCUAACCAGGGAAA